AUGAAGUGGCUGCUGCUGCUCGGCCUGCUGGCACUCUCUGAGUGCGUCAUCCACAAGGUCCCCCUGGUCAGAAAGAAGUCCUUGAGGAAGAACCUGAUAGAAAAGGGUUUGCUGAAGGACUACCUGAAGACUCACAGCCCCAACCCGGCCACCAAGUAUUUCCCCAAUGCGGCCUACGCCAAGAGGUCAACUGAGAAGAUGGAGAACUACAUGGACGCUGAGUACUUUGGCACCAUCAGCAUCGGAACCCCCCCUCAGGACUUCACCGUCAUCUUUGACACCGGCUCCUCCAACCUGUGGGUGCCCUCCAUCUACUGCUCCAGUCUUGCCUGUGCCUUCCAUAACCAGUUCAACCCUAAAAAGUCCUCCACCUACAAGGCCACCGACAAGACAUUAUCCAUUGCCUAUGGCACUGGCAGUAUGACAGGCAUCCUGGGAUAUGACAUUGUGAAGGUUGGAAGCAUCGAUGACACCCACCAGAUCUUUGGCCUGAGUGAGACAGAGCCAGGUGACACCUUCGUGUUUGCUCCCUUCGAUGGCAUCCUGGGUCUGGGCUACCCCAGCAUUUCCUCCUCUGAUGCCACGCCCGUCUUUGACAACAUGUGGGACCAGCGUCUGGUGUCUGAGGACCUCUUCUCCGUCUACCUGAGCUCUGAUGACAAGAAGGGCAGUUUGGUGAUGUUUGGUGGCAUCGAUGAGUCUUACUACAAGGGAAGCCUGCACUGGGUGCCUGUUUCUUAUGAAGGCUACUGGCAGUUCACCAUGGACAGUGUCACCAUCAACGGAAAGACCAUCGCUUGUGCUGACAGUUGCCAGGCCAUCAUUGAUACGGGUACCUCUCUGCUGGCUGGCCCCACCAACGCCAUUUCCAAAAUCCAGCGUCACAUCAGAGCUUAUGAGAACUCCGAAGGCGAGGCAAUCGUCAAAUGCUCGGACAUCAACUCCCUGCCUGACGUUGUCUUCACCAUCCAUGGUGUGAAGUACCCUCUGCCUGCCAGUGCCUACAUCCUGAAGGAAGAUGAUGUCUGCACCAGUGGCUUCGAGGGCAUGGACCUCGACACCUCCACCGGCGAGCUCUGGAUCCUGGGUGACGUCUUCAUCCGCAAGUACUUCACCGUCUUUGACCGGGCCAACAAUAAGCUUGGCCUGGCUGCCGCAGUUUAA